CACAGAGGCACCUGCAAUUUGUUGAAAAAAAUAAAUUAGCGAGCACGGCAGAACUUGUCGUGGACAAAGCUAUGGUGUUUUAUCGCAGUAGAAUAGGUAACAAGGCACAUUCGUACAAUGUCAUCUAUAGACCAUCUAAACCAAAAUCUCAGAGCUUUCUGCAGAGAAGGUCGGUUGAAGGAGGCUCUUCACAUUCUUCUCAGUACGCCAAACGCUAGUGUUGACUGUUCUACAUACCUUCAACUUUUGCAGAGCUGCAUUGCCAAAAAAGCCCUUUCAGAGGGUAAACAAAUCCACUCUCACAUCAAUGACAAGGGAUUUAUAUUUUCUACAAAUACGCUUUUACAGAACAAACUUCUCAACAUGUAUGACAAGUGUGGUAGAUUGGUGUAUGCUCGUAAUGUUUUCGAGCACAUGAGAGAACCAAACAUCUUCUCAUGGAAUAUGAUAAUUGCAGCUUACAGAAAGCAUGAACUUUCUCAAAUGGCAAUGGCACUGUUUCACCGAAUGCAACUAACACCUGUUCAACCCGAUCACUUCACCUUCUCUAGUGUAAUCCCUAUAUGUGCUCACUUCGGAUCUCUGAAGCAUGGUUUGCAGAUCCAUGGAAAAAUAAUUAGAUGUGGGUAUCAAUCUGAGAUUUUUGUGAUGAACACCUUGAUAGAUAUGUAUGCGAAAUGCAGAAAUUUACACAAGGCGCGAGAACUGUUUAACAAAAUGCAUGACACGGACAUGGUGUCAUGGAAUGCGAUGAUCACCGGAUGUGUACAAAAUGGUGUUCUUGAUGGGGCUGUAACUCUUUUCAAAGAAAUGUCCCAACGAAAUGUGGUCUCAUGGACUGCAAUUAUAGCUGGAUAUGCACAAAAUGGGGUUGUUGAAAAAGCCAUUGAGUUUUUCAAACAAAUGGUUUUGGCAGGUGUAAAGCCAAACUCGUUAACCUUUGCCAGCAUCCUCCCUGGAUGUGCCAAAAUAGGAGCUUUGGAACAGGGCAUGGAGAUUCAUCAAAAAGUAAUCGAAAGUGUUUCUUUGUCAGAUGUAGUUGUGACGGCUCUGAUAGACAUGUACGCAAAAUGUGGAAGCAUGCAAAAAGCGCACACACUGUUUCACGAAUUGCCUCAACGAGAUGUGGUCUCAUGGACUGCAAUAAUUGGUGGAUAUGCACAAAAUGGACUCGUUGACGAAGCCUUGAAAUUUUUUAAGAAAAUGCAAUUGGUAGAUGUAAGGCCAAACUCUUCAACCUUUGCCAGCAUUCUCCCAGCCUGUGCAAAAUUUGGGGUUUUUGAACAGGGCAUGGAGAUCCAUCAAAAAACAACUGAACAUGGUUUUCUGUCAGAUUCUGUGAUUGUGACUGCACUGGUAGACAUGUAUGCAAAAUGUGGCCGCAUACGGAAGGCACGCCAGUUGUUUGACAAAACGCACCAUCCAAAUGUUUCUGCAUGGAAUGCAAUGAUUGCAGGAUAUGCAAUGCAUGGUUAUAGCAACAACGCCCUUAAACUCUUUGAACUAAUGAACAAUUCUGGAACCAGCCCUGACCAUGUAAGCUUCAUUUGCAUUUUGUUUGCAUGCAGCCAUGCAGGUCUUGUGGACGACGCCUGUAAAUGCUUUAAUUGUAUGGCUGAUUCUUAUUGCACCAUGCCGACAAUGGAUCAUUAUAUAUGCAUGGUUGACCUGCUCGGUCGUGCUCGCUAUAUUGAGGAAGCCCUAAACUUUAUAAUCAAAAUGCCAAUUAAACCUGAUGUGAUUGUGUGGAUGUGUUUACUUGGUGCUUGUAGGUCACAUAAGAAUAUAGAACUAGAGGAAUUUGUGUCGACACUCCUUUUUGAGUUAGAUCCUAAAAAUGCGUCACCUUAUGUUCUUCUGUCAAACACUUAUGCAGAAGUGGGCAGGUGGGAUGAUGUUCAAAGGAUAAGAAAAUUUAUGAAAGAAAGCGGAAUCAGAAAGACAACUGGAUGUAGUUGGAUUGAAGUCCAUAAAAUGAUACAUGUUUUUUCUGUCGGAGAUAGAUCACACCCUCAAACACGGAUGAUCUAUUUAAGGUUGGAGAAGUUGUAUUUGGAGAUGAAGGCAGUAGGAUAUAUUCCAGAUACAAGAUCUGUAUUGAAUGAUGUAGAGGAGGAAGAGAAGGAAGCACUUAUCUGCCACCAUAGUGAAAAGUUGGCAAUUGCAUUUGGUUUGUUAAACACACCUCCUGGAACAACUAUUAGAGUUGUCAAGAACCUUCGAGUAUGUAGUGAUUGCCAUACUGCAACCAAGUAUAUCUCCAAGAUUAUUGAUAGAGAAAUUGUUGUAAGAGAUGCGCAACGUUUCCAUCAUUUCAAGCGUGGACAAUGUUCUUGUGGAGAUUAUUGGUGAUCCAAAGUGAAGCAAGUUAAGGAUACAGGGGUACACUAUAACAAGGUGUGCAGCAUCAGAUUUGUUGUGGCAGAAAGGAAUCUGGUUUCCUUUUUCAGCUUCUAAAAGAAUGUUUCUAUUUUUUUAGAGAGCUAACCAUGCUUUUAAUUUGAUGAAAUGAUAUUGAACAUUUCAUAGACAUGGUGAUGGAGUAUUUAAUAAGCCCUAUUCUGUAAUACCAUGGAGGAGUCAUAAGAUUUUAGCUGUUUUUCACGAAGCCUAUCCAGGUAUGGACUGACAAGCUGGAGGAUAUUGAAGAAUGGCAAUUGCAGGAGGAGAGGGAUACCUGAAGGAAAUUGAAUAUGCUUAACCAGAAGGAAAUGUGAGAUAAGGGGCUUUCAAUCAAUCCAAUGUUUGGAUGUGGUCUGUCAUAUGGUGUAAGUUAUAUGUACCAAAAUGCACUUGCAAAUCUAUAUUUGUCAAGGCAGGAAGAGAGGGCUCGGAGGCUUUUAGGGCAGCCAUUGUGUGCAUGGAUAACACUCUCUUGAGCACAAGUAUUGCACUGAGGAGAGGGAUACCCGAAGAAAAUUAAAGAUGCUUAACGAGAAGGAAAUGUGAGAUAAGGGCUUUCAAUCAGUCCAAUGUUUGGAUGUGGUCUGUCAUAUGGUGUAAGUUAUAUGUACCAAAAUGCACUUACAAAUUUAUAUUGUCAAGGCAGGAAGAGAGGGCUUCGGAGGCUUUAAGGGCAGCCACUGUUUGCAUGGAUUACACUCUCUUGAGCAUAGCUAUUGCACUAUAUGAAGAGGAUGCUACUGUAUACAGAACUUCCAAUAAAAUGUCAGGCUAUAGCUUCUUAUGGCAAUACUUUGCUACAGAAAUGGCGCAAAGCUUCAAUUGUAAUGCAACAAUUUUAACCCAUCAAUUGAAUAGUCAAUCAUAACAGAGGAAGUAGCUUGUUAAUCUUUAUAAACAAUACCUUUGUAUCUUCCUCAAUGAUUACUUUCAAAGCCAUCCCAAGUCCCAACCCAAUUAUUUUGCAACACCAUUAAAUUUGUUAUUGAUUCUUAAUCAAUGCAAAUCAUGUAACAAAAAAUGUAACACAAGAUAGGAUAGCAAGUUGAGUUUAAAAUUGUUAUCACCCACAUACUUGGUAAUGGUGUAUGAUCCAUACUAUAAAGGCACAUGUUUCCUAACUUAGGAUUGAGGCAUUUCUGUUAUGAAGGUGAAACCAUACCUUGUCUUACUUGCUACCUAUGUGAGACAUGACACAUCAUAUCACUAAGUAUUCAUAAUUUUCAUUGGUUCA